UCGUGCGGCUGUGGGGCAUUGAAAGAAAGCGACGUUGUUGGUUAAUAGGUAGAAUUCUGACUCUGAGGCUACUUUUCAAGCGUUUCAAAACAACCCACUAGGAAUACGUUUUGGUGUGUGUGUGUAAACUGUUGGAUUUCAAGAUGCUGAAAGUGUCCCUCAUGUUGGUUUUAUUGGCUGCUACGGCUUUCGCCGAGUCGACGUGAUGUCAUACAGCCGAUUUCAACAACAAUUUGGUUUCAAGGUACGAGAGACAGAAACAUGGAUGCCUCCAAAGGCUGGGGAAUCAAAUGACGAUCUCGACUCAUCUGGUGAUUUCAUUUUUCGCAAUGAGGAAAGAACAUUUGUUGAUGAUGAUGAUGAUGACGAUGAUGAUGAGGAGGACGAUUAUGAGGAUGCUGAAGACUUUGACAUGUCAGGUUCUGGUGAUGACGAGUCAAUAACGAAUGAGGAGAACAAGCUUCUUGAGACUGGAGUGAUUGACAACAGCAUCCAAGACACAGAGCGCUCAGGUCAGCCUCGGCCAACAAUUAAUGACAUUGAGCUGGUGAGACAGAACGAAGUUGGUCACCAUCCCAGUGUCCAGCUGUCUCAUGCAGGAGAACAGAACAUCUUUAACAAGACGGAAGUGCUUGCCGCUGUUAUUGCUGGUGGUGCUGUUGGGCUGCUUUUUGCUGUGCUUCUCAUCCUCCUCUUUGUCUAUCGCAUGAAGAAAAAGGACGAAGGCAGCUACGAUUUGGGCAAAAAACCCAUUUACAAGAAAGCUCCCACUACCGAGAUCUACGCAUGAACACAAACAUUCUUGAGCUAACUUAAAUAUGAACUCUGAACUCUCAACUCACACAGUGCCUCUGACACACAGCUAGGCUCCGUCUCUGUCCAGCUAGAGAAACCACAAACCAGCAUCUCAAAUGAAACGUGAUUACUCUGACUGUUUAUUUGAAUUUAACUUUGUCACAAGAGAAGGUGCUCUGCUGCAGCCUGUGCUGUAUAAGUCCUGACAUUUUUCUUUUUGUGUCUGAUUUCCCAUUGAUAUGCUUAAAGCAAAUAGCCAUUGUGUUCCCUUUCUUUACUACCCUAUUUUAUAACACUAAGAGGUGCAAAUGGGGCCCUUUGCAGGUAAACAAUAUGGAUUCAAAGUCUGUGAAAAAAAAACUUUGAAAUCGUCAAAACUGACUCUGUUUGCACACUUCUGUGUAAAUUUAGCAGAACUACACACUCUUCUGGGAAAUGUUACUGUAGCUUAUUGCUUUUAAAGAAAUUGUGCAGAUUAAUUGUUGUCCAUUCUUAGCACAAAGUGGUAUAAAAUUGACACUCAAGAAUUGAGAGCAUUCUGUGUAUCUUCUGAAAGUGACCUUUGGGCAUUAACGUUAAUGUAAAUUUAUUUUUAACACAGCAAAUAAGGUUUUCGUACAUUCCAUAUGUCUGUUGUAUUAAUUAUAAAUGAGCAAGUUAAAAAUAAAAAAAUAAAUGUUAAGUAGCCCGGUCAUUGAGUGUAGCUACUUCUCUGACUUUCAGUAAACAGGUACGCAUAUAUUUGUAGAAUACCAGAUGAAAGAGUUUUAUCAUUUCCAGGGGUCUGUAAAUAGCCGUUUGAAUAAGUUGAAAAUGUCGGUACUUGGCCAUUUUUGGCAAACUUCUAUUUACCAAAUAUUUAAAUGCCAAAAUAAUUCUCUUCUUGUUUUGUCCCGGUAUUGAGUAUACAAAUUAAACAAGAAGUGAAUGACUCUUUGUUUUUAUGUUGCUUCUUUACCAGUACAAAAUAGGAGUCUCAAAUUGAUGACCAAUGCUUAUACUAACUUUUGUUCUGUUUCUCAGUGUUUUGAUACUUAACUUUUUCUGUCUCUUUUCAGUGUUUCAUAGAAUACUACUUUUUUGUUGUUGUUUUUUUGUUUUUUUUUUAAUUAUUAUUAUAUUGUUAAUUUAACUUUUGAAUAGACUGUUUUAUUGCCUUCCUUCAGGUCUGGGGUUUCUCCCCAUCUAAGCUGUACAUGUGAUGAUUUUUUUAUUUUAUUUUUUUUUAGAAAAUUGAAAUCUAUACACUAGUGGAAGAUUCUUUUCGAAGAGUUUUAAAGCAUUUUUUAUAUUGUAAAAGUUUUUAUUUCUUUUAGACCUUUUUAAGUGAUACCUAUUUAUAUUUUGUAGAAGGAUACUCAUACUAGUUCAAAGCUGAACUAAUGAGCCAUGUUAUUUGCAUGGGGUAAAAGUAAGAAAAUUUGCUGCUUUUUUUCCUUCAACACAUGAUGUGAAAUCUCCAGUUUAGUAAAGGAAUCAGAGGAUUGUUGGUUUCUACAUGCAGGUUCUAAUCUGAUCAGAAAUAAAGCUAUUUUUGUGCACA